AUGACGGAGACAAAGCAACUCGUCGUGGUGGUUGAAGGCACUGCCGCUUUGGGUCCUCACUGGCGCACCAUUGUCCCCGAUUAUCUCGAGAAAAUUAUCAGGUCUUUAUGUGGUGAUGAAGAUAAGAAUCCAGAUAGUCCUACUGUUGAAAUGGCUCUUGUAAAUUUCAAUGCUCAUGGAUCUUACAGUGCUUGCUUGAUACAAAGAAGUGGCUGGACAAAAAACAUGAACAUGUUUCUGGAAUGGUUAUCAGCUAUGAACUUCAGUGGUGGUGGUUUUUGUGAUGCUGCAAUUGCAGAAGGACUUGCUGAAGUGCUAAUGAUGUUUCCUUCUUUACAUGGGAUUCAAAAUCAUCAAAGGCAUUGUAUCCUUGUUGCUGCAAGUAAUCCAUAUCCACUUCCUACACCAAUUUACAUACCACCAGAUUAUAUUGAGAUGCAAUCAGAUGACCCUUUAUCUGAUGCUGAAACAGUUGCUAAAUGUUUCAAAAAGUGUUUAGUUUCCCUAUCAGUUAUAUGUCCAAGACAGCUUCCAAAACUUAGAGCAAUCUACAAUGCAGCAAAAAGGAACCCUUCAGAAACCGAUCCUACUAUUGAUAUUAUGAAGAAUCCAAAUGAUCUAGUUCUUAUUUCAGAAAGUUUUAUGGAGGCUCGUGAUGCUUUAACUCAACCAGAAAUUACAAAUUUGCCCUCGAAUCAAACCCCUACAGAAACAGAUGUUGCUCCAGUUUCAGGGCCACCUCAAACUACAUCAACGAAUGAUAAUCUGCAAAAUUCAAAUCCUGUUGUUAGUGUUACAAUUACGAAAAAGCCCCUGAAUGGAAACCCCACGUCAUCUGGGGAAGCUGAGUCAGCAACAUUACCAGGGACUUCAAGUACAACAAUGCCUACAGCUGGAAUGGAUUCUACUGAGGUAAAUGACAGCGUGGCAACUACUAUGGGUCCCACACAACAAACGUCAAGUGCACUUCAAUCAGAUUCAUCGAGGUUAUAUGCAAAACUAUGGGAGGGAGACUUAACUGUUGAAAGACAAGGGAACUCUGUCUUUAUUACCAAAUUACAAGGAUACAGGAAUCCCAAAACUUCUGAGCUGAUUGCAAAAGAUUGGCCAUUGACAAUGCAAAUAGAUACGCUUAUACCUGAAGAAGAAAUGAAAAACAAUUGCAGGAAAUUCACUGGAAAGGUAGAUUAUAUUGUUUUCCGAGGAAUGAAUGAGCGUUCCACCUUUCUUGGACGAUUACAAGAGAAGAAGCUCUGUAUGGUGAUUAAGUUACCAUCACAGACGUUGUUGUUGUGUGUAACAGCUGAUAGAAUAACUCGAUUGGUUGGAAUGGUUUUACCUCAGGAAAUGGUGAAAUAUGAAAAGUAG